AUGCAGUUCACCAGCUUCGUUGUCGCCGCCCUCUCCGUUGGCUCUGCCUUCGCCGCCCCGGCCCCGGCCACCCGUGACAUCCAGAUCGUCGACACUGCCCUGAGCGCUGUCAGCAGCAUCAAGGCCCUCGUCGAGGCCGAGCUGUCCAGCAUCGAGUCCGUUGUCCAGAACGCCGUCGGUCAGGACGUCGUCCCCAUCCUCGAGAAGACCCUCGGCAACGUCGGCCAGGAGGUUUCCAGCCUCCUCACCGUCGUCCUGCCCCUGGUCACCAAGGACGUCCUGCCCCUCGCCGAGAACGAGAUCGCCAACGUCCCCGCCCUGCUCAACGAAGUCCUGUCCAUCGUCGACGGCAUCUUGGGCAUGGCCGAGGACCUCGUCGAGAAGCUUGUCCCUGAUGUUCUUGCCAUUGUCAAGCCCGAGCUCUCUUUCGUCCUCAACACCGUCAUCCCCGUCGUCAAGCCCGUUCUGAAGUUCGCCACCUCUGCCGUCGGCGACGUUGUCACCCCCGUUGCCAAGGAGGUCACCGGCCUGGUCGGCCAGGUUGACUCCGUCGCCUCAGGUAUCCUGAAGCCCAUCGGUGGCGUCGUUGUUGCCAUCCUGUAA